AUGGCAGAGAUGGAGGCACUAAUCCACCGUAUCCCAGGAGUACCGGCCCCUAUCAAGAAAAGUUUUCCCAACAACUUUUCCGAUUCUCCCUUUGUGGAUGUAAUAGCGCUGGUGGAGAUGCCCCGAAAGUUCAACUUCCCAACCAUGAAGCAAUACGAUGGAACAACCGAUCCCGACGACCACACCGCACAAUACAAACAAAGAAUGUUCACAACAGCAAUUCCUCGUGAUUUACGCGAGACUUGCAUGUGUAAAGGGUUUGGGUCUAGCCUAGUUGGCCCAGCCCUACAGUGGUAUAUUAAUUUACGUAACAAUUCUAUUUCAUCAUUUGUGCAACUAACCGAUGUGUUUGUUGAACAAUUUUCCAGCAUUAGGAAACUUGAAAAGCUUUCAUACGACCUCUACUGUAUCAAACAAAAACGGGACGAAUUGCUUCGAGACUACGUGGGAAGGUUCAAUAGAGAAAAUGUGUUCAUUCCUUAUUGCAACGUAGACACUGCUAUUACAGCCUUCCGCAAAGGACUUCAGAUAAAGUCAGACCUUUAUAAAGAACUCACAAAAUACCCGUGUCGAACUAUGGAGGAUGUCUUAGCCAAAGCGUGGGCACAAAUCAAAUGGGAGGAGGAUGAGGCUAAUCAACCUGCCCAAGUAUUCACGUCUGACCGCCGAGACCCAAGAAGUAAGAGAGUUGAAAGGAGACACUAUGAUUAUAAGCCAGAGCCAUACCCCGUAGGGCGGAGAUGA